UAUCAGCCUUAGAAAUUGACCAAGUCAACAGCUCCACUAAUUCUAAAGAAUCUUUGACUAGGGUAGCUCUCCAGAAAGUUGAUGAAUCUUCAGUCACUAAAGCUUCAUUACCUUGUCCCCCAGUGUUCCAUCAGUUGGUGCAGAAUAUCAAUAAUCAGAUCUCAUCUGCCACUUCCGGUUUCAACACAAAGGGAAAACUCUUCAGAAUCAAAUCUUCAAUUUAUAGAUUAGCCAAGGGAGAUGAUUCAGUCGUACGGCCCCUCAAACUCAAUAAUUCACUUGGAAACUUAGUCCCAAAUGAUAAAACCUUCAGUGAUUUCUUCAAGAAUGCUGAUACUAAAACUCAACUCUCCAAUAAAAACUGGAAGGGUCUCGAAGAGAAUUUGAGGGCUGUCCUUCAACCUUUGGUGUACUCAGAGUGGUAUAUAGGUUCUGUUUCAAAGUUAGUUACCCAACUCACAGCACACUUAUCCAACAACACGGAUCCACUAGUUACCCAGUUGUUAGAUUCCAUGGGCGAUUUACUCCUUAGGGGUUCGACAGCCUCUGUUACUGCUACUGAAGGUAUUCUCAAGACUCUCACCAACUCAGCAUUACUUCAACGUGAUCUGAUUCAAGAACAAGUACCAACACGCUUCCGCGAAUCUAUGAGGGUACUACCAGUUGAGCAUACAUCUACCACUUUGUAUCCAGAGUCACAACUUAAAGAUUUGGUUGACUCAGCCUCCUCAAAUCUGACAAACCAAGCACUAGUUACCUUGGCCCAGUCCAGUUCUAGAUCUAGUAAAGACAAAGACAGGUCCCAACGCCAAUCCAGGUCUGACUACAGGA